AGAAAAAAAAGGUCCCGGAGGGCGAAAUUUGGGCACAAUCCUGAGACGCCCUGCAUCAAGUUUCGACCGAAAGGUCUGGCAUAGUAGUCCAUGUCAUCGACUUAAGAGCUGGAGAAGGGGAAAGUCGCCAAAUCUCUCCUCAAAUUUCAUAUCUUUCCACAGCGUUCUCCAACUGUCUCAACUCUGUCAGCCCAAAUCUAAUCACUCAAGAUGGGGCAGGAUCUAUUCUCCGUCCCCAUCUUCUUCAUCGUACUGAGAGAGACGAUAGAAGCCGCCAUCAUUGUCUCUGUCUUGCUCUCGUUCGUGGAGCAAUUGAUGAGGACUGGUCGAUUGGACGGAAGCAGUCCCUCGCCCUCUAGUACUGGAUCGGGCUCAGCUGAAUCACUCGAUGAUAUUAAGAGGACUCAAAAAUUGAUUAAGCGGAUGAGGAUACAGAUCUGGGCGGGAACCUUGACAGGCUUUUUCAUCGCUUUGAGCAUAGGAGCAGGUUUCAUUGCCGUGUUUUACACCAAGGUGACUGAUCUCUGGGGCAAAACGGAAGAGCUAUGGGAAGGGACGUUCUCCAUCAUCGCGUGUAUCCUCAUAUACAUCAUGGGCAUUGCCUUUCUCAAGAUGGACAGAUCGAGAGUCAAGUGGAGGAUCAAGCUUGCCGAUGCAUUCGAGAAAAGUCACUCAAGGGCCAUCUCGGCGCAGAAUGGUGCGAGCCUCAGUGAGACUGAAGAAGCACGCCGUGGUGAAGGCAAGAGUGGGAAAUGGGCAUUGUUCAUUUUACCUUUCAUUACUGUGCUUCGAGAGGGUCUGGAGGCGGUUGUCUUUGUUGGCGGGGUGUCACUGAACCAACCUGGCAAGUCGAUUCCCAUCCCUGCUAUCGUUGGGCUCCUGGCAGGAGGUCUCAUCGGCUACUUCAUCUAUCGGACGGGAUCCACCUCGACACUCCAUUGGUUCCUCAUCGGCUCGACUACUAUCCUCUUCCUCAUCGGUGCUGGGCUCGCAUCAAAGGGUGUCGGUCUAUUCGAAUACUAUGUCUUCGCGCGAGGCGUCGGAGGGGACGUAGCGGAGACAGGGGAUGGACCGGGAAGUUUCCAGGUCAAGGGAAAUGUCUGGCAUUUGACGUAUGGGAGUCCAGAGCCAGGAAGCCCAGGCACGAACGGAGGAUAUCAGCUGUUCAAUGCUGUCUUGGGGUGGACAAACACGGCGACACUCGGCUCUAUUCUCAGUUACGUCUUUUACUGGCUCCUCAUUAUUGUCACGUUGAUCUACCUCAAAUGGAAAGAAGGACGGUUUGCGUUCUUUGGGUACGCUUCAAAAGCUGGACAAAACCGAUUGAAUGGGCAGACCGGAUCAGGUGAUCGCAAGGGAUACAGGACGACAGUCUCCCCAUCUGACGCUGAGAUGGAAGACUUGGAUCAGAAGAAGGAUGUGGGAGAGUCGCCAGGCACCGAAGACAGGAUACCAAUUUUAGAGCAUUAGAUGGAUCACUAAAUGGAAUGAACGACAUGCAUCGAAGCACAGCCUUGCUUCAUCUCUUGCCAUAUGAGGCAGGGAUGCGAGCGCGUUUACGUGCUGGCUGUGUACAUCGUGUAC